GCUCCUCCAAACUUUACGCACAGAUGUACUUCUGGGGAAGUUCUUUAAGUUCGGUUUUCAAGUGUUUUACCCGAGUCGUUUCGUUGCAAUUUUUUUUUAUGUACUGGUAACGUCCCCAGACUUGUUUGAGUAGUACUUAAAUCCAACACAUUUCUUUAUUUUUUUUAUUUUCUUUUUUUUUGUGGAUAAUUUGUUUUAGUGAAUCGCCUCUCUCCGGCUGACAGAUGCAGUAAGUCUGGGGGGAAAAUGUCCGGUACCUUAUUGAAUUGCCUCGUCUUGGCGCUGUUGUUUAGCGCACACAGACUUUGGGCAGACCCCCUGGUACAUCCCCGGGUUGAGGAGGGGGAUGAAUCCGAUGACAGCGCCUCGACCUUGGCCUUUGUGUUCGAUGUUACCGGCUCCAUGUACGACGAUCUGAAACAGGUGAUAGAGGGAGCGUCCCGGAUUUUGGAGAAGACGCUCAGCCGGAGGACCAGACCCAUCAGAAACUUUGUCCUGGUUCCCUUCCACGACCCAGAUAUCGGGCCUGUGUCCAUCACCACCGAACCUAAGAAGUUCCAGCAGGAUCUGCAGGAGCUGUUUGUCCAGGGCGGGGGCGACUGCCCAGAGAUGAGCAUAGGAGCUAUAAAGAAGGCCUUGGAGGUUUCCCUGCCUGGAUCCUUCAUCUAUGUUUUUACAGAUGCCAGGGCCAAAGAUUACCGGCUGAAAAGAGACGUUCUACAGCUGGUGCAGCUCCGUCAAUCACAGGUUGUAUUUGUGUUGACCGGGGACUGCGGGGACCGCUCCCACCCUGGUUACAGGGCCUACGAGGAGAUCGCUGCCACCUCCUCUGGACAAAUCUUUCACUUGGAUAAGCAGCAGGUUAAUGAGGUUUUAAAGUGGGUAGAGCAGACAGUUCAGGCCAUGAAAGUCCACCUGCUGUCCUCCAACCAUGACAGUGCACAGGAAAACAAAUGGGAAGUGCCCUUUGACCCCAGCCUCAGAGAGGUCACUGUGUCACUCAGCGGACCGGCGCCACAAAUCGAGCUCAGCGAUCCCUUUGGUCGGAUCGUUGGUGUAGAGCAGGGCCUUAAAGAGCUCUUAAAUAUUCCCAACUCUGCUCAUGUCAUCAACCUUAAGUUUCCCAGACCUGGAACAUGGAAACUCAAGGUGAGCUGCAGCGGGCGUCAUACUCUGAGGGUUACAGGGGUCAGCAAUCUAGACUUCCGGGCUGGCUUUUCCACUCAUCAAGUUUCAGAGUUCAACCACACCAGAGAAAGACCAAUAACAGGACUUCCAACCCAUGUAAUGCUGAAAUGCACAGGCGUGAAGCCUCCAGGUUAUCUGAGUCAUGUGGAGCUCAUGUCCGGUUCGGGCCGCUCCUUGCGUACUAUCCCCGUACCUCUGCCCUCUGACCUGGGCCAACAAGGGCUAUGGAGUCUCCCAGAGUUCCGCACGCCUCCGCAGAGCUUCUACAUCAAGAUAACGGGCAAAGAUGAGGAGGGCUUCCGCUUCCAGAGGCUUUCCAGUGUCUCCUACACCAACAUAAUUCCAGAUCCCCCAGUUGUGAGAAUGCCUGAUGUGGUAAAAGGCUUCUACAUGCAACCGGCUGUGAUUGGCUGCUCAGUGCAGAGUGACAUUCCCUAUAGGCUGAGAUUCACCAGAAGUGGGAUUGCACUGGGAGAGGAGAAGCUCUUUCAGAAUUCUGCUGCAGCAUCCUGGAAGAUUGCACAGGUGUCAGGUGAGGACGACGGUGCGUACGAGUGCAUAGCCCAGAGCAGCGCGGGACAGGGACGGGCCCUAACACAGCUCACCGUUCAAGAGCCUCCUCCGGUCCUGAGGCCCGCCGUGAAUGUGACUUCCUCUGCGGGAGGCGUGGCCGUGCUGUCCUGUAAGGUGGAAGGCAGCAUGCGGCACAACUUGACCUGGUAUCGAGCGGGUCGUGCCAUCCGGACCCGCACGGGGAGGGUGAGGGUGCUUCCCGACUCGUCCCUGCAGAUCAGCGGGAUUCGGACUCAGGACGCCGGAGAGUACCACUGUGUGGCCACCAACGCGCACGGAGACGGCCGAAUCGCAGUGUGGCUUUUGGUCCCAGAGGCUCCUUCUGUAGUAGUUCACCCCCAGACCCAGGCAUUCUCCCGAGGCGAUGAGAUCCGCUUAGUCUGCUCGGCGUCUGGCUCCCCCCCUCCCCAGCUCUUCUGGAGCCAUGGAAACAUGUUCCUUGCUAAUCGGCCGAGGUUCAAUCUAAACCAGUUCGGAGUCCUGACCAUUAGGGGAGCUCUUCCAGAGGAUGCUGGGAUCUACACUUGUCUGGCUACCAAUCAGGCUGGGACUGACUCCCAGUCUGUGUCACUAACUUAUGCAGAGAUGCCACGGAUUAAAGUUGCCCAGCAGGUUGUCCUCGUAUCUGUUGGUAGUGAUGCCACUCUGGAGUGUAAAGCCACAGGUGUUCCUCCUCCCCUUGUCCACUGGUUCAAAGGUGAGCUUGAAGUGGGAUCUGCUCCCUUUGCGCAGCAGGACGUGCACCGUGGAACUUUGCACAUUCCUAAAGUGCAGGAGGUUGACGCUGGCCAGUACAGCUGUAUAGCUAGCAGCCCUGCUGGAACCUCGGCCGGCUCUGUCAUGCUGGAGGUUGGAGCGGGCCCGUUGUUCUCUGAGGCACCAGUCGACGUGACAGCUAACGUUGGAGAGAACAUCACCCUCCCCUGCAUCGCCCGAGGCCUCCCGCUGCCAACAGUAACCUGGCACAGACAGGACGGCAGGCAAAUUCAUGCGAGGGCAGACAGCCGCGGCAGAGCAGCUCAGAUGGAGAACGGACAUCUUCUAAUCCAGAGUGUUUGGCUGGAUGAUGAAGGUCUAUACAUCUGUGAGGCCAAGAACCAGUUUGGAAGCAUCAAAACCGAGGCCAGAGUUAGUGUCACUGGACUGGAGCCUCCUCUCUUAGCCAAAACUGCUCCAAUCAUCACCACUGGCAUUGGUCAGUCCCUUAGCAUCCCAUGUAUGCUGUUGGAAGGAAUACCUCUUCCGGAAAGAAACUGGUCCCAAAAUGGAAAACCUGUUCAGCUAAAUAGAAGGAUGUUCUUGAGGAGUGAUGGCAGUUUGUACAUAGAAAGAGCUAUCCCAGAAGACACUGGAACUUAUGUCUGCACUGCGGUGAAUGUAGCAGGCUCCACAAACAUCACCGUCAGCCUGGAGGUCCACGUGCCCCCAGAGAUCAAUGCUGGCCCAUACCACUACAUAGCCAAUGAGGGUGUUGCCAUCACGCUGUCAUGUGAGGCCACUGGAGUUCCCAAGCCAGAUGUUGUCUGGUCCAAGGGAAGGCAGCUUCUGUCCAGGGACCACUCAUCUCUUCAGUUUGACUCUGAGGGACACCUCCACAUUUCCCACCCCACUGCUGACAAUGCAGGCAUUUACGUCUGCACCGCCACCAGCCCUGUGGGCUACGCCAGUCGAGAAAUCCAGCUCAGCGUCAACGUAAUGCCGAAGAUAAUGGGCGUGAGCGGCCAUGACAACACUGUAAAGAUGGCAGCAGAAGUGGGGGCAGAGAUUGUUCUCCCCUGUGAAGCCGAAGGAACUCCCUCCCCACUUAUCACAUGGAGCCGGAACGGGCAUCCCAUCCCCCCCGUAACAGCUGGGUUCACAGUUUUGCCUUCAGGUUCUCUGAAGAUCACUGAUGUCCGCCUGAUGGACAGUAAACUGUACACCUGUACUGCAGAAAACCCAGCUGGCAAUGUGUCCCUGAGCUACACUUUACAUGUUCAAGCUAAGCCCAGGAUUCAGCCUGCACCCACACUUCUGAAGGCUCUUCUUGGCCAAACAGUGAGUCUGCCUUGUGUGGUGCAAGGAGAGCCGAGUCCAGAGAUCAGCUGGUUUCACAACGGACAGCCCGUUGGCCUAAAGAACAUCACGCCUCUGAGGAUCCAGCGAGUCAGCCUUGCUGAUCAUGGAGUCUAUCGCUGUGUGGCCAAGAACAGUGCUGGACAGGAGAUCUUGGAGAUCAAGCUGGAAAUUCUUGAAGCACCAUCCUUUGUAGAACCUGGAGAUACCAUCAUGGAGAAAACGGCAAAAAGCAAGGUGAUCAUCCCUUGCCGUGCAGAAGGUUCCCCACGUCCCAAGGUACGCUGGUUCAAGAAUGGCCUGGAGAUACAUUCUGAACAGGCAGAGUUUUCGGUGGCGAGGGAUGGAGCUCUGGUAAUUAGCACAGCAUCUGCCAGCCACAGUGGGGACUUUAAGUGUGUGGUAACCAAUGAGGCAGGCUCUGCGGAGCGAAAGACGCGGCUAAAAGUAAACGUUCCUCCGGAGAUUCAGGAUGACGGCCAGCCGCUAAACCUCACCGUCACCUUGAAGCAGCCCCUCACUCUUGGCUGUGAUGCCUUUGGAAUCCCUUCUCCAGCAAUAACCUGGAGUAAAGACGGUCACCCUGUGGACAGUCCCGGAGUGUAUCUGCAGAACGGGAAUAGGCUGCUCAGAAUCUACAGAGUUCAGCCUGAACACGCAGGACAAUUUGCCUGCACAGCUGGAAACUCAGCUGGAGAAGCAAGGAGAGAGUUUAACAUAAUUGUGCAGGCUCCACCAGUGAUCUCAGGAACAUCUCGACUGCAGGAGGUAACUGUGGUGCAGGGCCAGGAGGUGGAGUUCCAGUGUCGGGUCAGUGGACGACCAGCGCCCAGAGUGGAAUGGAGCCGCGACGGAGAGGUUCUCUCCCGUGAUGGAGACCCCCAUGUGGAGUUUCUGGAGGAUGGCCAGCUGUUGAAGGUGAAAUCGGUCAGAUUGAGGGACCAGGGGCUUUACCAAUGUCUGGCCAGGAACAGUGCAGGAACUCAGAUGCGCCAGUUCAGGCUCAGAGUGCAAGCUCCACCCACCAUCAAGGGGGUGAACGAGACCUUAGAGGUGUCAGUGGUGCUGGGUUUCCCCACGGUCCUCCCCUGUGAUACUGUGGGCUCACCUACACCCAGUAUCAUGUGGCUAAAGGACAAUCAACCCAUCGUGUCCACUCCACAGCUGACCUACACUCAGGGAGGGCAGGCCCUGCGACUGGGCUCAGCCCAGGGAGACAGCAACGGCCUUUACACCUGCAGAGCCACAAAUCCAGCCGGCACAGCCUUCAAGCACUAUUCUCUCAGUGUCCUGGUCCCACCACAGAUAGAAGGGGACUCGUCAUCCUUCACACUUGCUAGUCAAGAAGAGAAAACAAGGAUAAAUGGAAGUUUAACUCUAUCCUGCUUGGCCAAAGGCUUCCCUGAGCCUAAAGUUCACUGGUUCAAAGACGGACAGUUGCUGACUGGAAACCAUGCUGGCAUUCAGGGAAGUGGUUACUUCCUCCAUAUAAGGAAUGCCACAUUGUCCAAUGAGGGGCAGUACACCUGUGUGGUCACAAACUCUGCAGGAGAGGACAAAAGAGACUUCCAUGUCACCAUUCAAGUUCCUCCGAUCUUCCAAAGGGUGACUAAUAGGGAAGCAGCCUGGGGUCUGGGACAUGAAGGCGAUGAGAGCAAUGACAGCAUGGUGGAGAAGCGAGAGGUUGUCCUGGGACAUUCAAUCAGCCUAUCCUGCGAGAGUAAUGCCAUCCCCCCGCCCAAACUCAGCUGGUACAAGGAUGGCCAUAAACUUACCUCUGCUGAUGGAGUAGUGCUGCUUCCAGGAGGACAAGUGCUGCAGAUACCCCGAGUGCAACAGAGUGAUGCUGGAAAGUACACCUGUCAGGCUGUAAAUGAGGCAGGGGAGGACCACAUGCAUUUUGAAUUGGAGAUCCUCAUCCCUCCUGUUAUUAUGGGAUCUUCUGAGGAGUUUAUGGAGGAAAUGGGAGCAGUGGUCAACAGCACUGUGGUUCUACACUGCGAUGCCACUGGACACCCAACUCCAGACAUUUCUUGGCUGAGGGAUGGUAAGCCGGUGCGCACAGACUCACAGCAUCACAUCAGUGAGGAAGGAACACAACUAAAGCUCCUCAGCGUUCAAGUGUCAGACAUGGCUGGUUAUGCAUGUGUGGCUGAAAAUAAGGUGGGAACAGUUGAGAAGCUCUUCAGUCUGUCAGUGCAAGUGCCUCCUAGAAUAAGUGGGCCAAAAGAAGAGGAGGUGAGUGUAAUUGAGGGGCACAUGGUGUCAUUGCUGUGUGACGUCCAAGCGUACCCUUCGCCUGAGAUCACCUGGACCAGAGACGGGCAGAUCCUUCACUUCAACACGGGCAUAAAUAUUCUGCCAGGUGGGCAGAUGUUGCAGCUGCCUCGAGCAAGGCUGGAAGACGCGGGGCAAUAUGUGUGCACUGCCAGCAACUCAGCAGGGCAGGACCAGAAGAGCAUUCUGCUCAGCGUUUAUGUGUUGCCCACCCUGAAGCCCCGGCAGGAUGCUGACUCAGACUCGGUGACCCCUCAAGUUGGCUCCUCAGUCACCUUGCAGUGUGUAGCCCACGGUGUUCCUGAGCCGGAGGUCACGUGGUACAAAAAUGGGCUUCAACUGGCUGCAGGCAACGGGCUGAAGAUUGAUCGCCACCAGCUGGAAAUCAUUGGAGUUCAGACAGCAGACGGUGGCAUAUAUACUUGCAAAGUUACCAAUGUUGCUGGACAGGUGGAUAGGACAUUCAGACUGACUGUUCAUGUUCCACCUGUACUCGAUGGGCCUCUGUGGGAGUCCAUAAAUUACACCCUGGGGUCCCACGUGGCCCUGCUGUGUGAAGCCACAGGAGUACCGGUCCCCAGCAUCACUUGGCUCAAAGAUGGAACACCCAUUGAGAGCAGUCUGCAGUGGCAGUGGUCCGUUCGAGGUAACAGGCUGGAGCUGGGUCCUCUUAGUCUGUCUCAUGCCGGGAAGUACACAUGCGUAGCCAAGAACAGCGAGGGACAAAUACAGAAAGAAUACACCCUCACAGUACAAGUGUCUCCCACCAUCCUGGGCUCGGACCGACCAUCUGAUGUGAGUGCACCCACGGGAGAGGAGCUGACGCUGGAGUGCAGAGCAAACGGAAUCCCUGCCCCUCACAUCAGCUGGCUGAAAGACGGCGUAACUCUAGAGGGUUCAGACACCCGUCACAUCUCAAAGUUGUGGGACGAUGAUGAUAAUUAUGAUGAGAAAAUAAUUCUGAGAUCCAGGGGUGGGGUGGCCAAGAAAGGAAAAACGGAUGUGAACACAAAACAUUUCCAUGUCUGCAGUGUGACCCCUGAUGGCAGCACACUAACGCUGUUGAGGCUGAGUGCUGAGGAUUCUGGGACAUACACCUGCUUGGCCGUCAGCCCGGCAGGCCAGGAAAGCAGAAUCUACACCCUCUUUGUUUUAGUUCCGCCGUCUAUCUCUGGGGAGACCGCGGUCCCCAGAGAGGUGCAGGUCACACAGGACAGCAUCGUGACUCUGGAGUGUCAGGCAACAGGAAAUCCUCCGCCUCAGAUCAGCUGGCUGAAAAAUGGCCAUCCGCUGCUCCUUUCUCCCCGCACACGCCUCCUCUCUGGUGACUCCUUGCUGAGGAUUGCUCCUGUGCAGCUGUCUGACUCUGGAGUUUACACAUGCGUGGCGAGCAGUCGAGCUGGUCUUGCUGAGCUCAGCUAUGACGUCCAAGUCCAAGUGCCCCCUGGCGUGGAUCACAUUGAGCCAGUAGAGCCGGUUACGGUUGUCCAGGGAUCCCUGGUGACACUGACCUGUGAAGCACGUGGCGUCCCCCCUCCCACACUGACCUGGAUGAAGGAUGGCCAGCCGCUAUCGCUCCACCGCAACCUGCUGCUGGAUGGACAGGAGACGCGGCUGCAGCUGCCCGAUGUGGCUCCCUCAGACGCGGGCCUGUACAGCUGCGUGGCCAGCAACCAGGCUGGAAGCAGCACAAAGAGCUUCAACCUCACCGUGCUUGAACCUCCAAAGAUAACCAGCCUCGGCUCCCCAGAACAGCUGACCAUUGCAGUGAACAGUGCUCUGGAGCUGGAGUGCUCCGCUAUGGGGGUCCCACCUCCCACCCUCAGCUGGCUCAAGGACGGUCGACCCUUGGGGGGGUCAGACAUUGUUCAGCAGGAUGGACGUUUUGUUCGGAUCAGUAAUGUUCAGGUUGGAGAUGCAGGUCUGUACACCUGCUUGGCCAGUAGCCCAGCAGGAGAAGAUGGAAAAAACCACUGGGUCCGAGUCCAAGUCCCGCCAACUCUUCUUGGCGCAGGAGAUGUGAGGACACUGACUGUGCCACUUAAUGGACACCUGACUUUAGAGUGCCUGACCGACAGUGACCCUCCUCCUGACAUAGAAUGGUACAAGGAUGAGACCAAACUGCAGCUGGGAGGGCGAAUCCAGCGGUUGGCAGGAGGUCAGUAUCUGGAGAUUCAGGAAGUCAGGCCUGAGGACAGUGGCCAGUACAGCUGUGAGGUUACCAACAUGGCUGGCAGCACCAACAUCUUCUUCACAGUGGAGAUUCUCUUACCACCAGUAAUAAAGGAGAGCAGCUCUGUGGUGACUGUGAAUGUUGGCCAGGACGCAGUUUUGCCUUGUGAAGUGGAUGGUGACUCCUCCCCUGUGGUCACAUGGAGGAAAGAUGGCUUCCCUGUGCUUAAAAACAACAAUAAGUACAUAAUGUUAUCUGAGGGCUCCUUGCAGAUUCUUGGGGUUCAACUGAAUGAUGCCGGUCGAUACUACUGCUCAGUGUCCAACCAGGCUGGCUCAGAUCACAGAGGAAUGAAUCUGCGCGUAUUUGCGGGUCCUGCAAUCAGUCCAGGUCAAACCAAUGUGACAGUAACCACGGGAAUUAGAGCUGUGCUGAACUGUGAGGCCACCGGUAUACCUCUACCUAAAGUUUCCUGGAAAAGAAACGGUACCCCUCUUGAUAUUAAUCAGCACCCUGGUGCAUACAGGCUACUGCCCUCUGGGUCUCUGGUCCUUUUGUCUCCGUCCAGUGAGGACAAAGGUUAUUUUGAGUGCACUGCAGUCAAUGACGUAGGCGAGGAGCGUAGGGUAAUUGAAGUAAUCCUGCAAGUCCCACCAUCUAUUGAGGAUGAUGUCACAGCAGUAAAAGCUGUGAAAAUGUCCUCAGUGGUGUUGCCUUGUCAGGUACAAGGGCACCCUCAGCCUACUGUCUCAUGGACAAAGGGUGGAGCCAAACUGAGCAGCAGAGGGGGAAGUUAUCGCGUCCUCCCCACCGGAGUGUUGGAGAUAACCGCUGCCCUGCCCAGUCAUGCUGGCAGAUACACGUGUUCAGCUCGUAACCCGGCCGGAGUUGCUCACAAACACGUCUCCCUCACUGUGCAAGAGCCCCCAGAGGUCAGGCCAAUGGCAGAGGAAGUGCAAGUAGUGUUGCAUCACGGAACUGUUCUCCCGUGUGACGUUCAAGGCUUUCCCCGACCGUCAAUCACCUGGCAGAGAGAGGGAGUUCCUAUAGCAGCCGGUCACAGGCUGGCUGUGCUGUCAAACGGAGCUCUGAAGUUCUCUCGCGUUACACUCGGGGAUGCGGGGACCUAUCAGUGCGUGGCGAAGAAUGAAGCAGGUGUAGCUGUAGCAAAAACCAAACUAGUCCUCCAAGUUCCACCAGUGCUGAGCGUGCCUCGUGUGGAGUACACUGCUGUGUUAGGCCAGCCAGUCAGUCUGGAGUGUGUGGCCGACGGGCAGCCUCAGCCUGAACUUACCUGGCAUAAAGAGAGAAGGCCCGUGGCUGACAGUGCCCAUGCACGUGCGUUUGCCAACGGAACGCUGGUAAUAUUUUCUACCCAGCGGAGCGAUGCGGGCGUUUACACGUGCACUGCCAAAAACCUGGCUGGCAGGGCCAGCCAUGAUAUGCGGCUGCUGGUUCAAGUCCCGCCCAUGAUUCCUCCGGCGCAGAGCAAACUGUCAGUCAUUCAAGGGUUCCAGGCACUGCUGCCCUGUGCCGCUCAAGGGUCACCAGAACCCAGAGUGUCCUGGGAAAAGGAUGGUACGGUGGUGCCCAACCUGCCUGGCAAAUUCACAGUCCUGCGGUCAGGAGAGCUGAUUAUUGAGAGGGCUGAGCCUGGAGAUGCUGGAGUAUUUACGUGCGUAGCCACAAACCCAGCUGGCUCUGUAAGGCAAGACAUCCACCUGUCUGUCAACAUGAGGCCUGCCUUCAAAGAACUGCCAGGUGAUGUAACCCUGAACAAAGGGCAGGGCCUGGUGUUAUCCUGCCAUGCUCAGGGAACGCCCUCUCCCAUCAUCUCCUGGACUGUCAACAACAUUCCUUACAAAGAUUCAUGUGACAUGGUCAACUCAAACAUUUCAGGGGCCAUCAUAGAUGACGCUGGCAGGAGCUCAGUCAUCAUUGAGAAUGUGAGCUUGAGCGAUGCUGGGACCUAUGUGUGUGUGGCGGAGAACAGUGUGGGCUCCAUCAGAGCCCUCUCAUUUGUCCGUAUCAGAGAGCCUCCGGUGUUAAAAGGUGAAGCCCACACGUCUCAGACGGUCGUUCAGGGGGGUUCUGCAAUGCUUGACUGUCCAGUCCAUGGAGAUCCCAGCCCCGUCCUGCGCUGGCUCCGAAAUGGGAAACCUUUACUCCGCCUCCUUCGAAUGCAAACACUCCACAAUGGAUCGUUGGUCAUUUACAGCAUCACCGCUGCAGAUGAAGGAGAAUAUCAGUGUGUGGCAGAGAGUGAGGCUGGAAAGGCCGAGAGGACAAUUACCCUCAAGGUUCAGGUAAAUGGCGGUUACUCAAACUGGGAGGAAUGGAGUCCAUGUAGUAGCACGUGUGGGCAAGGCCUUCAGGAACGAGUGAGACUAUGCAACAAUCCUGAACCAGCAAAUGGUGGCCGAUCGUGCAGCGGUCCAAGUACAGACUCCAGAAAAUGUCAGGCUGGUCUGUGUCCAGGUGAGGUUCCACGUAGGACCCGGGGCAGCCUAAUUGGAAUGGUGAAUGAGAGAGAGUUUGGAGUUUCCUUCCUGGAGGCCAACAUUACUGACAACAUGGCAGACGGCAGCAGCACUUUACAGGCACGCCUGGACAACAUCCCUCCCUCUGUGGGUCCCUUGAUGCGGGUGCUGGUGUCUGUGUUUACUCCUAUCUAUUGGACCACCGUGCUGCAGAGAGAGGCAGCCAGAAACGGCUACGCCUUCACACAGGGCCGGUUCCGGCAGGAGUCACAGCUCGAGUUUGAGACAGGGGAGGUCCUUCGCUUGACCCAUGUUGCCAGAGGUCUGGAUUCAGAGGGAGUCCUACUGAUAGACAUUGUGAUUAAUGGACUUGUUCCUCCGUCAUUAUCAUCAUCCCAUCUGGGCCUCCAGGAGUUUGAUGAGUCAUAUAUUCAGACAGGCCAGGGGCAGCUGUACUCAUGGUCAUCGCAGAGCCACCAGAGAGGAGGAAGCCCCAUGGUGCUGCGCUGUAAUCAUACCAUCAUUUACGAGGGCCACGAGGAGCGCCAGGGCCCUGUUCUCCAGCUGCUCAAGCUCUCCGGGAUUAACAGCGUCUACAACAUGUUCACUCUCACUUUGGACUUCGAAAUUACUGCCAGCCUCCUCGUACCUGAUGGCUAUGAAGACACAUGCCCCAAAGGUUUCGUUCUUGAUACAACCUCCUACUGUGCCGAUGAAGACGAGUGUGCGCUGCAGUCCCCCUGUUCGCAUUCAUGCAACAACAUUAUGGGAGGUUUUACCUGUGCCUGCCCCUCUGGCUUCACCAUUUCUACAGAGACAAACACAUGCCAAGAUAUUGAUGAGUGUUCCCAAGGCUCCCACAUGUGCCACUACAACCAACAGUGUGUAAACACAGUGGGCACAUACCGCUGCCAGGCAAAGUGUGGACCAGGAUUUAAACCCAGCAUCACAGGAACCAGCUGUGAAGGCAGGACACCUUUGCUCUCUGAUACUGUCAACAUGCCGUGCACGGGCAUGUCUCUCCUCCUGUCCCAGCACACAAUGUGGAUGAGUGCCAGGAGUCUGCCCUGUCCCCCUGCCAACAUCAGUGCCUCAAUACUUUGGGUUCCUACCGUUGCAUUUGCCACCCGGGAUAUCAGAUGUCUGGACAUCGCUGCAUGGGUCAGUGUGCUCCUCAUCCAAUACAUCAAUGAGUGCUUGAGGAAUGUAUGCCCAGCUCACCAACAGUGCCGCAACACAGACGGUGGAUACCAGUGUUUUGACAGUUGUCCAACUGGGAUGACUACGGCUGAGAAUGGAGCCUGUGUGGACAUUGACGAGUGCCAGGACGGAAGUCAUAUGUGUCGCUAUAGUCAGAUAUGUCAGAACACAGUUGGAGGCUAUGGCUGUGUUUGCCCUAGAGGAUACAGAUCUCAGGGAGUCGGGCUUCCGUGUUUGGACAUAGACGAAUGCCAGCAAACGCCAAAUCCUUGUGCCUACCAGUGCCGUAAUGUUCCCGGCAGCUUCCGGUGCAUGUGUCCGCCCGGGACCGCGCUGCUUGGGGACGGGCGCUCCUGCGCCGGGUUGGAGAGAGGCCAGACCUUCACCAACGGCACCAGAGUCAGGGCCAGACUCCGCCCACAGCUGGUGUCCUCCCUCGGGAGGCCUAUCCUCUCCCGUUCCAACUCAGUGCCACGCAUCACCCGCCAGAGCUGUCCUGCCGGGUACACCAACCGAGAUGGCACUUGUGUUGAUGUGGACGAGUGUGUGGUAAAAAAGCCGUGCCAACAUGACUGCCGUAACACCAUUGGCAGCUUCCAGUGUUUCUGUCCUCCAGGAUACCAGCUUCUGCCUAAUGGGAGAAACUGUAGAGACAUCGAUGAGUGUGUCGAGCAAGGCAUUCAGUGUGGACACAAUCAGAUGUGUUUCAAUACCAGAGGGGGAUACCAGUGUCUGGACACACCCUGCCCUGCCUCCUACCAGAAGGGAGGAAGCCCUGGGACCUGCUAUAGGCCCUGCUCUCUGGACUGUGCCACAGGAGGCUCUCCUCUACUUUUGCAGUACAAGCUGCUCACCCUUCCCUCCGGCAUACCGUCCAAUCACAAUGUGGUACGACUGUCAGCAUUCUCAGAGUCUGGCGUUUUGCAAGAGCGUACGUCCUUCACAAUACUUGAGCAGGAAUCCGAGUCAGGUUCGAUGGGCCAGGUGUUCGGCAUCAAAGACGAGGCAGGCAGAGGGAUCAUCUUCACCCUGCGGGUUCUGGACAGACCAGGAUUGGUGCGGCUCAAGGUGCAGGCCACCACCAUCUCCACACAGGGACGCAUUACCUACCAGAGCAUGUUCAUCAUCUACAUUUCCAUCUCAAAGUAUCCUUACUAAACCAAACUUUACAGAUGUCCCGUAAUGGCUUUUGCACUGCCACAAAAUCAUUCAGUUAGAGGAAGGUAGACUAUGCAAUGAAACUCUGAUAGACAUGUUCUAGUGGACACUUAGACCUACACUUAAGUAAGGGGAUCUCAUCAAAAUAUGUACCUUGUUUUGAGACUGAAAAGUCACAGAGGUAAAAAAGUAUUUCAAGAAAAAGGUCUUCUUCUUUUAAAGUUGCCUUUAGUGGUUUAUUUGUGAUUUGAUCACAUAGCUGAGCAUCAAAUGGUGAAGACAUCCAAACUGACUAAAUUGAUUUUUUUUCCAGUCAGAAAUCAAGCACUGAAGGUGUUUAAUGUCAAUCAUUUUCUUCUAAAUGUUGUGCUAUACUCUCUUUUGUAUGUCCUGUUGAAUAUCUAAUUCUGGGAUAAGGAUAUUCUCAUCAAAGUGUGUCUUUAGCCUGUGCUUGGAGAUACAAGUCAAACAUUUCGACAGCUAUGAAAUUGUCCAAUGUCUACCCUAUUAUUUAUUUAAGUCAUUUGAACACAUCACUGGUUUCAUCAACCUUCUGGCACAGAAGGUUUGAGAUAAUAUGGAUCUACUGGCGUUGUAUUGGCACAUGGUAACAUUGAUUUAUGGCUGUUGAGCAAGAGUGUAUCGGUGUUCAUUCAUGUUCAAUCAUUUUAUGCAUUUUUGUACUCUUUUAUAACAUAUUUUGUCACAGUAAGUGCUAAGGUGCUACUCUGAAUGUACUUGAGUGUUUUGAAUUUGCGUGACUGGUGCUGGUCUAGAAAAUAGGCAGUUAUACACAAGAACUGUCUACAGGCUUAGACUGCGUUUUUAGAAUCUGCAGAAUCUAUAGUGCAUCUUGUCUUUCCUGAAUUCCUGAUGCUUCACACACCCAAGAGUUUGUUCUAAUUGUGCAUGUGCCAUUAUAACUAAAUUCCAGGACAGGAGGAAAAAUCCUAAAAUGCUCGUAACAGAAAAAUGUCUAAUCUCUAAGAUUGAAAAAACAGCCUCCCUGUGGCUGUAAGGGUGUAAAAAAAUGUACAAAUAAAAAAAACAUUCUUGCUUUUGACCAUUCAUUCUGUACCACUAUUGUCUCCAUUCUGAUUGUGCGACUUGCUGCAGUCGAAACAUUUUGUAAACUCAUCUCACAGCCGACAGCUAAUCCUGCUGCUUUUAUUAGCCAAAGUGGGAGCACUCUCACAACCUGCCUCAUUACCUCAGGCAAAAAACCUGGUCUUCAGAUCACUGCACAGGAAUCUGGUGUUUGGAUCAUUACUGCCACAGCUGACUUUGACACAAACCAUCAGCGAACCUAAAAUAAUCCUUCUCUUACCACGGCUCUUUCUCUGUGUCGCUGCCUAUCCUGUUUAGUCUCAGAGGCCGAGCACAGCAUCUGUGCGAGUGAAAUGAAGUAUGCAGAUGGGGGACGAUUUAAAACCUGAAUUAAAGUAUCACAGCUUCCCUAACGGCUUGGAAUUUUUGAAAGUAGUUCUCCGAAAAGAUGCUAAAUGUGCUGAU